AUGUCUAUGCCUAGCCUAGCCUAUGGGGCUCGAUUACCUAAACGAUAUGUCCUUGGUGGUUCCAUAAACGAUAUUCCAUCCUCCACCGUUUGGAUCUUCGAUUCUCGAUUCAGUCGAUGGGAAAUCGGUCCCAAAAUGUGUGUCGGUAGGGAAUUCGCCACUGUUGAUGUUCUCAAUGGGAAAAUUUAUGUCAUGGGAGGUUGCUUGGUGGAUUCCUGGGCUCGAUCUACUAAUUGGGCGGAAGUUGCUGUUGUUGAUGGGGUUUUGUAUUGCUAUAAUUAUUUGGGGAAAAUCAGGGGUUACGACGUGAAGGAGGGCAUAUGGAAGGAAUUGAAAGGUGUGCAGAAGGAUUUGCCCAAGUUCUUAUGUGGUGCGACGAAUAACACCUCACUAAUCCUCUUCCGUCCAUAA